AUGAUACCCACGCCGGAGCUUGGCCACCUCACGUCUCAAGAUUACCGCAGGGUCUAUGAGCCCGCAGAGGAUACCUUCAUCCUGCUCGAUGCCCUCGAAGCCGACCAGGAGCGCCUCCAGCAGCGGCAACCGCGCCUCUGCCUCGAGAUCGGCAGCGGAUCCGGCUGCGUGUCCGCCUUUCUCUCGAAAGUCGUCGGCGCGACGCAGGCAGCCUACCUCUGCAUCGACAUCAAUCCCGAAGCCAAUCGAUGCACCAGGCUGACGGGAGACGCAAACGGGAUACACCUCGAAGCGGUGCGCACGAGCUUGGUGUCGUCGCUGUACCCUCGGCUGCGCAAUUCGGUCGACGUGCUCCUCUUCAACCCGCCCUACGUACCCACCGUGGAAGAGGAGGAGGCCAUGGCCCAGUCGCAGGCGGACCUGUCGGGCGCGUGGGCCGGAGGAGCGACGGGGACCAGGCUGGUUGACCAGCUGAUCGACGGAGGCGUCGUCGAAGAGGUGCUGUCGCCCGGCGGCGCCUUUUAUCUCGUCGCCAUCCGACAGAAUGACCCGCCGGCGCUGUGCAAGAGGCUGCAGGAAAGGGGGCUCGACGCCGAGGUCGUGCUGGCCAGGCGCGCCGGUGGCGAGCAUCUGCACGUGGUGCGGGCGACAAAGGCUUUCGUGCACCAACGAUGA